ACCGGCAGUGAGGUUUAUUAAAGGCAGUCAUCGGGCUUGUUGACAGAAGUAGUGCCUCAUCCGUAUACUAUUAUUUCCUCUCAGAUUUCAAAGUGCCCACCAUGACAACGGUCGUAUCCUCGAUCCUGGAAAGCCUGGCUUCAGCAGGAAAGGCGUUCGACAUCAAUGAAGCUGGAUCAAGAGAAGCUCUUAUUGAGCACAGCCGUGCGCUAAUCAGUGCGCUGGAAAUUCCAAGCGAGUUUGUGCAGCGCAGUUUCUGGGCAGAGCCCGCUAUGUCCGCGAUCAUUCGCCUUGCCGUCGACGUCAAACUAUUCCAACUCCUGAAGGAAGCAGGAGAUGCCGGCGUCACCCCAUCCACCCUAUCCGAAAAAACCGAAAUAAACGAGCUCUUGCUCCGACGCCUAAUGAGUCACCUAGUGACGAUGCACAUUAUUACCUACCGUGAUGGCGCCUUCCACAGCACACCACUGAGCAAGGGUCUCGCGGAAGAGAAAUACCAACACAGCAUCUCUUUCUGCUACGAUGUUUCAAGACCUUCGUUCAACGGUUUCCCGCAAUUCUUCAAAAGCACCAAAUACAAAAGCCCCACCGCAGGCGGCAUCGACGGCCCCUUCCAAGAUGCACACAAGACCCUGCUCCCCUUCUUCGAAUGGCUCGUCACAACGCCUCCGCACCUCCAACAUUUCGACUUGUUCAUGGGCGCCUACCGUGCCGGUAAAGCAAACUGGUACUCCCCCGGCUUCUACCCCGUCUCCGACAAUUUGAUCUCCGGCUUUGAUCCCUCCAUCAGCGACGUCCUGCUUGUAGACGUAGGUGGCGGAAGAGGUCACGACCUUGCAGCUUAUGCCGCCGCACAUCAGUCUGCAUGUCCCGGUAGACUCAUCCUCCAAGACAGGGAAGCCGUCAUCGCCGACGUGGUGGCCGAGAACAGCGACAAAGAGCUACCUUUCGAAGUUCAAGCGCACGACUUCUUCACGUCGCAGACUGUCCGUGAUGCACGCGCAUACUAUCUACAUUCCAUCUUGCACGACUGGAGUGAUGAGGAGAGCAUUUUGAUUUUACAGAACUUGGUGCUUGCGCUGAAGAAGGGGUAUUCUCGCGUGUUGCUAAAUGAGAUUGUAGUCAUUGAGGAGAAACCGACACUGGCGGCGACGAGUAUGGAUAUGAUGAUGCUGGCUCAUUUUGCGGUUCGGGAAAGGACGGAGGCCAAUUGGCGGGAGAUUCUAGAGAAGGCUGGAUUGAAGGUUGUCAAAAUAUAUUCCUAUCCGGGUAUUGCGGAGAGUGUGAUUGAGGCGGAAUUGGCUUGACUUCCGAUAUAUUGCAACAUGCUUGUAAAUAAAUGAAAGAAUACUAUGGUCUUAUUAUAACCAC